AUGACACCUGCAUCUGAACCAAAGAAAGCUAGUCUACCCACCCCGGAGCUAGAUCCACCUAGAAUUGAUUUUGAGCACUUACCGUCGUACAAAUUUUACGAAAGUUUGAAAGAAGAAGUAAAUGAAGAUAUAAUUAGUGAAUAUUACAGUGAAUUUGAGGAUUCUAUUGAAAAGUAUAAUUGGGUUAAUGAUUUAUUGAAGAAGCUAAUUAGAAAUUUAUCACUCGUACACAGUGAAGAAGAUAAAACUGGAGAAUUUGAUAAGAAACAUUGUUUUGACUUAAAUUAUUGGUUAUAUGAACAAGUGUUUAGUAAACUCAAAGAGAAUGGAAAACUUGGUGAUGUAAAAAGCUUAAUUUCUAAGUUUCAAGAUGUAUGGAAAAAAGCUGUUGAUAAAGAUUUUAAGGAAAAAAAAUUUGCAUGUUAUCCGGAUGAAAAGUUAUAUAGUAACAUGAGUUAUUUGCAAGAGCUUAAGGAUUUAUUUGAUUUUUUUGAAGACUUUAAAUCGUUGAGAAAAGAAAUCCUUGAUGACACGUUUAGCGCCUGCACUAAAUAUUGUGAAUAUCUUAGACAAAGAAUUCCAGUGUAUUACACUUGGAGAGAUUCAUGUUUAGUAAAGGAUUAUGCUUGUAAAAGAUAUAUAGAUGAUUAUAUGAAGUAUCGUCCAUCAAGUUUGACAUUUUAUUUAAGUUUUAAGGUUUUACUUUCAUAUCAUAAACAUCCCUGUUUAAGUGAUGUAUACAGAAUAUUUGUAAAGGCAAAAGCAAAACCUAAACGGAAUGAUAGUCUGUAUAAAGAUCUCAUGUAUAAGAGUGAAUCUGAAAAUUCUGAUGGAAAUUCCUUUUCAGCUAAAGCAGAAGAUGCGUUACCUGGUAGUCCUUUAUAUAUUAAGAGUAAUAGUGACAGCUUGGUAUUAUAUUAUACAUGGAAAAGAAUACGUUUUACGUAUGAAAAAAUUUUUCCAUACGUACUUUUGUUUUUAGGGACACUUUUGAUUGCUUAUAUUGUAUAUAAGGUAAACACAAAAUUUACUCCACUUGGUCGAUCUAUGUUACGCACACGAGCAAAGGUUAGGAAAAGAAUUAAACCGUAUAUUGAUUAUGAUGACAUUAUGUUGUUAUCUGAUAGUGAUGAAUCUUUAAUCUCAAGUUCAACUGAUGAAUCAUAUACUGUAAUGUACUCUUCUCAAUAA